CGGACCGUCGCGCGACAAUGCGCGGAGCCGGCGGAAAUGGUGCUGGUGUCCCGCGGCGGGCCUGGGGGCCACCAACACCUUCGUCCUCCCGGGCCCGCCGAACGCGGUGCCCAACCCAGUGCUUUCCCUACCGCUCGGGGACGCGGCCCGGGGGACCUGCCGGGCCCCAGGCAUGGUGCUCAAGGCCUUCUUCCCCACAUGCUGUGCCUCGGCAGACAGUGGCCUGUUAGUGGGACGGUGGGUCCCAGGACAGAGUAGUGCUGUGAUCCUGGCUGUGGUGCACUUUCCCUUCAUCCCCAUCCAAGUCAAGGAGCUCCUGGCCCAGGUCCAGAAGGCCAGCCAAGUACAAGUGGCUGUGCUAGGCACCUGGUGCCACCGUCAGCAGGAACCAGAGGAGAGUCUGGGGAAUUUCCUAGAGGGCCUGGGUGCCAUCUUCUCCCAUGAUCCCUGGUUGCAGCUCUGCCGGGAGAGGGGUACCAGACUCUGGAGCUGUAAGGCCACUUACCAUCAGAUGGCUAACACGCUGGACACACCCACUGAAGACCAGGUCAUGCUCAUUUUCUAUGAUCAGCGAAAGCUGCUGCUCUCCUGGCUGCAUCCACCCCCGGUACUGCCUGACUGCCAGAUUGGAGACACCACAGCCAGCACUGGAGGCCUAGCUGACAUCUUUGACACUGUGGCACGCAGCGAGAUACUCUUCCGAAAUGACCAAUUUGAUGAGGGACCCGUACGCUUGAGCCACUGGCAAUCAGAGGGAGUGGAGGCCAGUAUACUUGUGGAGUUGGCAAAGCGGGCCUCUGGGCCUGUCUGCCUGCUGCUGGCUUCUCUGCUGUCCCUGAUCUCAGCAGCUAGUGCUUGCCGGCUAUGGAAGCUGUGGCCCCUUUCUUUCAUCAGAAGCAAGCUCUCCACUUGUGAGCAGCUCCGGCACCGGCUGAAGCACCUCUCGUUGAUCUUCAGCACCGAGAAAGCCCAGAGUCCCAUGCAGCUGAUGAGGAAGGCCAACAUGCUGGUUUCUGUGCUACUGGAUGUGGCCCUUGGCCUGCUGCUGCUCUCUUGGCUCCACAGCAAUAACCGAAUUGGACAGCUGGCCAAUGCCCUGGUCCCUGUGGCUGAUCGCGUGGCUGAGGAGCUUCAGCAUCUGCUGCAGUGGCUGAUGGGUGCUCCUGCUGGGCUCAAGAUGAAUCGGGCACUGGAUCAGGUGCUAGGCCGCUUUUUCCUGUACCACAUCCAUCUGUGGAUCAGCUACAUCCACCUUAUGUCCCCCUUUAUUGAGCACAUCCUGUGGCAUGUGGGACUCUCUGCCUGCCUUGGACUGACUGUUGCUCUGUCCAUCUUUUCGGACAUCAUCGCCCUUCUUACCUUCCACAUCUACUGCUUCUAUGUCUACGGUGCCAGGCUGUACUGCCUGAAGAUCUAUGGCCUCUCCUCUCUCUGGCGUCUGUUCCGGGGGAAGAAGUGGAAUGUUCUGCGCCAGCGGGUGGAUUCUUGUUCCUAUGAUCUUGACCAGCUGUUCAUUGGGACCUUGCUCUUCACCAUCCUGGUCUUCUUGCUGCCCACCACCGCUUUGUACUACCUGGUAUUCACCCUGCUCCGGCUCCUGGUGAUCACUGUGCAGGGCUUACUCCAUCUCCUGGUAGACCUCAUCAAUGCCCUGCCACUGUACUCCCUUGGCCUUCGACUCUGCCGACCCUACAGGCUGGCAGCUGGUGUGAAGUUCAGAGUUCUGGAAAAGGAGGCAGGCAGGCCCCUCCGCCUCCUGAUGCAGAUAAACCCCCUGCCCUAUAGCCAUGUGGUGCAUACCUACCGUCUGCCUAGCUGCGGCUGCCAUCCCAAGCACUCCUGGGGUACCCUGUGCCGAAAGCUGUUCUUCGGAGAGCUCAUCUAUCCCUGGAGGCAGAGAGAGGACAAACAGGACUGAGGAGCUGGACACAGCCUACUCAGAGCUACUGAACAGCCAUCAUGCCUCCUCUCUGCCAGGAUAGCACUGACCAUGAGGUCAUCUCUGUGUGCUGAAUAUAGGCAGGCCUUACCCUUGAGUUACUACGCUGGCCCUCGGGCCCUGCCAGCUUCAGUCCUACACUCUGUCUAGCACAGUGGUUCUCAACCUUCCUAAUGCUGUGACUUUAAUACAGAUUCUCAUGUUGUGCUGACCCCAACCAUAACAUUAUUUUCAUUACUACUUCAUAACUGUAAUUUUGCUACUGUUAUGAAUUGUGAUAUGAUAUAAAUAUCUGUGUUUUCUGACAGUCACAGGUGGCCCCCGUGAAAGGGUCAUAUGACCCCCGCAAACGGUUGAGAACCACUGCUCUAGUACCACCUCCGUGGGGACGCACAUGGCUUUUGUAGUCGUUGCAGUCAGCCUGAUUCCCCGGAGUGCCCGGACUCCAUGGGAUAUGCGGGCAGGUCCUCUUGGCUGCUCUAUUGUGUGGGAGCUCUCCUGGGCACCUGGUGCCCUCCACAAGCCUCAGCAGAACAUUCCCGUGGGCAGCUGCUGAUCCCUUGCCCCUGCGAACUAAUCCCUCACCCUGUACUCUGUUGGUUUACUUGCUUUGUGAAGUUGCUGCUAAUAGGCCUUUGGGUACCUUUUGCUUGAAGUCACAUCAGCUGGGGUGGUUGGAUACCUGCCAGCCUGGCUGCCCUGUUCUUACUUAGUGCUCCAUGUGUGGACAGGCCCUUUGGCAACUCUUUUUCUUCUCUUAUAGACUCCUUACAGAAUCGGGCAGCUCCCUUCUGGACAGGCACUUCAUGGCUCUUUGUGUGAAUGACCUUGGGGAGGUGGAAUGGCCAGGGUUCCCGAACACUUAGUGGGACCCCAUGUGAGCUAGUCCCUAGGGGGCAGGAAACCUCAUUGCCUGAUGAUCUAGAAAUAUCUGCUGUGGGCAGGAGGGGACAGCCAGCCCUGCCUGUCUUUCAGGGGCACUCGGGACUAUUGACAUUGGUUCAUCUGUGCCUGCUUCCUCUUGCUAGAGGUCACAGCCACUCUUAAGCAGCCAGUGGAGGGUUUUGGUGAAAAUGAAUCCUGAUCCUGUGGUGACAAUAAAAUCUCAUGAAUCUGGAAUACAA